GGUCACGCGGGUCGCGGCGCCGGCUAUAAGUAGGGGCCGGGGCGUGCUCAGCCGGAGUGAUGGUUGCCGGCGUGUGCGGCGUGCUUUCUCUUCCUGGCUGCUGAAGCGCCCGCAGCUGCGUCCCGGGUGGGUCCGCGGUUCCGCUGUCCCGGGCCGUGUGCUCGCUGGCCUCAGGUGCGUGCGCCCGUGGCGCACGCCCGCCGCCGCAGCCCUGGUCUCGUCGUCUCCGCUUGGCCCCGCGUUUCCUCUGGAUGAACUUGCGUCCUUUCUGUAAUCCGCCAUGGAAUUCCGCUCCGCGCGUCUAGCCCUCCCGAGCCAAAGACACCCCAGACAACAGACGCCCAUACACAGUGUAUAGCAGUAACUCUCCAGCUCGGUUUCUGUGCCGUAGUUUACAGUAUUUAAUUUUAUAUUCUAUAGUUAUUAUAACAUUUUUGAUACCUCAUAUUUCUGUUUACACAUCGUGAAAGCCGCCCAGUAGUUCUCUCGUUAAUUACAAAAACCACUACUCUUAGAGGAUGGCUGCUACUACUACUGCUGCUUCUGAUCCAUUAUGGAUGCUCAUCUUGGGCUUCAUCAUUGCGUUUAUCUUGGCAUUCUCAGUGGGAGCCAAUGAUGUAGCAAAUUCGUUUGGUACAGCUGUGGGCUCAGGUGUAGUGACCCUGAAGCAAGCCUGCAUCCUAGCUAGCAUCUUUGAAACUGUGGGCUCCGUCUUACUGGGAGCCAAAGUGAGCGAGACCAUCCGGAAUGGCUUGAUUGAUGUGGAGAUGUACCGCUCGACCCAGGAGUUGAUGAUGGCAGGCUCAGUCAGUGCUAUGUUUGGUUCAGCGGUGUGGCAACUAGUGGCUUCGUUUUUGAAGCUCCCCAUUUCUGGGACCCAUUGCAUUGUUGGCGCAACCAUUGGUUUCUCCCUCGUGGCCAAGGGUCAGGAGGGUGUCAAGUGGUCUGAACUGAUAAAAAUUGUGAUGUCUUGGUUCGUCUCUCCACUGCUUUCUGGUAUUAUGUCUGGAGUUUUAUUCUUCCUUGUUCGUGCAUUCAUCCUGCGCAAGGCAGACCCAGUUCCUAAUGGUUUGCGAGCUUUGCCAGUUUUUUAUGCCUGCACAAUUGGAAUAAAUCUCUUCUCCAUCAUGUAUACUGGAGCACCGAUGCUGGGCUUUGACAAACUUCCUCUGUGGGGUACCAUCCUCAUCUCGGUGGGAUGUGCAGUUGUCUGUGCCCUUAUCGUCUGGUUCUUUGUAUGUCCCAGGAUGAAGAGAAAAAUCGAACGAGAAAUAAAAUCUAGUCCUUCUGAAAGCCCCUUAAUGGAGAAAAAGGAUAGCUUGAAAGAAGACCAUGAAGAAACAAAGUUGUCUCUCAGUGAUACUGAGAGCCGGCUUCCUGCCUCAGAGAUAGGAUCUGCCACUGCCCCCCUCCGGGCUGUGGUGGAGGAGAGAACAGUGUCAUUCAAACUCGGAGACCUGGAGGAAGCUCCAGAGCGUGAGAGGCUUCCCAGUGUGGACCUGAAGGAGGAGACCAGUGUAGACAGCACCAUGAACGGUGCAGUGCAGUUGCCUAAUGGGAACCUUGUUCAGUUCAGUCAAACUGUCAGCAAUCAGAUAAACUCCAGUGGCCACUAUCAGUAUCACACCGUGCAUAAAGAUUCUGGCUUGUAUAAAGAGCUGCUCCAUAAGUUACAUCUGGCCAAAGUGGGAGACUGUAUGGGAGACUCUGGCGACAAGCCCUUAAGGCGCAAUAAUAGCUAUACUUCCUACACAAUGGCAAUUUGUGGCAUGCCCCUGGAUUCAUUCCGUGCCAAAGAAGGUGAACAGAAGGGUGAAGAAAUGGAGAAGCUAACAUGGCCCAGUGCUGACACCAAGAAACGAAUUCGAAUGGACAGUUACACCAGUUACUGCAAUGCUGUGUCUGACCUUCACUCUGCGUCUGAGAUGGACAUGAGUGUCAAGGCUGAGAUGGGCCUGGGUGACAGAAAAGGAAGUACUGGCUCUUUGGAAGAAUGGUAUGACCAGGAUAAGCCUGAAGUGUCGCUCCUCUUCCAGUUUCUGCAGAUACUUACAGCCUGCUUUGGGUCCUUUGCCCAUGGUGGCAAUGAUGUCAGCAAUGCCAUCGGCCCUCUGGUUGCUUUGUAUCUAGUUUAUCAGACCCAGGAUGUUUCUUCAAAAGCGGCGACCCCGAUAUGGCUCCUGCUCUAUGGUGGUGUUGGCAUCUGUAUGGGGCUGUGGGUUUGGGGAAGGAGAGUUAUCCAGACCAUGGGCAAGGAUCUGACCCCAAUCACACCUUCUAGUGGCUUCAGUAUUGAGCUGGCAUCAGCCCUCACUGUGGUAAUUGCAUCAAACAUUGGCCUUCCCAUCAGUACAACACAUUGUAAAGUGGGCUCUGUUGUAUCCGUUGGUUGGCUCCGAUCUAAGAAGGCAGUUGACUGGCGACUCUUCCGCAACAUUUUUAUGGCCUGGUUUGUCACAGUCCCCAUUUCUGGCAUUAUCAGUGCUGCUAUCAUGGCAGUCUUCAAAUAUCUCAUCUUGAGAGUGUGAAUCUGAGAUUUAAAUUUGUGUCAAUGUUUGGGACCACCUCAUGCGUUCCUGCUCCCUUGAAGAAUGAUUACAGUGUUACCGAAGACCUGACAAGCGUCUUCAAAGUUUGGGAGCUGUGCAAAGGAAGUGUUACUUUAUGCUGUAAUCGCUUUUGUGCUAAAUAUGACUUGUCUCAAAAUUAGCUAUGUAAAAUAGCCAGGUUUCCACUGGUUCCUACUGAGGUCCCCUUCUGGGCUGUGAGUUCCUGUACAUAUUUCUCUACUUUUUGUAUCAGGCUUCAAUUCCAUUAUGUUUUAAUGUUGUCUCUGAAGAUAAUUGUAUGUGUAUGUGUGUGCGUGUGUUUCUUUUUUUUUAACAACCAUGCAGAGCCAGUUGAUGGAGUAUACUCUGCUUUGUUGGUUUCACCAGCUUCUGCCCUAACAUGCACAGGGAUUUAACAACAAAACUUGUAACUGAAGCUUCCCUUGUAGUGUCCUAUAGAAACAGAGUCAUUGGCACUCUGACUCUGGUAGACCUGGCAGAUUCUGUGGGAACUUAGAGGGAUGAGGUUCUUUGAGCACAGUGAAAAUUUAAGUUACUUAGUAACUUCUUUGCAAGCAAUUCAUUGAUGGUUGCUAAGAAGUAGGAAAAGAAAAAAGCCUUUUGGCAAUCUUCAUAAUUUCUUUAAGAUUUCUGGCAGUGUGGGAUGGAUGAAUGAAGUGGAAUAUGAACUUUGGGCAAGUUAAACGGGACAGCCUUCCAUGUUCAUCUGUCUACCUCUUAACUGAAUAAAAAAGGCCUACAGUUUUUAGAAAA